AUGAGUUUAUCUGUCACUGAAAAAAGUUACUUGCACGAUUCUCUUUGCCUUGAUCCUCCAGCAAGACCUGACGGACGAGUAGCACAUCAGUUGCGUCCCAUUGAGAUUUUUACUGAUUUCCUUCCCGCGUGUAACGGAUCUGCCAAAAUUUCGGCUAGUGAUGGUAGCGAAUGCGUUGUGAGUGUAAAGGCGAAAGUCGUGGAAAGAGCUCUAGAGGAAGAGCUCAUCUUGGUGGAUGUCGACGUUGCCGGUCAGCGUGACGAUUCGCCAUUCGUGCAUAGUAUAGCAUCAUUACUCACCAAAGUGCUAAACCAGAAAAUACAUCAGAAGAAUCUGCGUUUGACGCAGAAAUAUGCAUUCAAACUUUUUGUCGACGUGCUGGUUCUUUCCAGUAAAAGUCAUCCCCUCAGCCUGAUUUCCUUUGCGGUCUACUCCGCGCUCAAAGCCACCUACUUGCCCAAGCUGAUUUCGAGUGAUGACGAUCUUGAAGUCGCCGAACUUCCUACAUUCCACGAUUACGACAUGGUCAAACUAGACGUGGAUCCUCCUCUUUUGUUUACCACUGCUGUUAUCGGUAACAACGCGGUCAUUGAUCCAGCUCACAGCGAGUCGGAAGUGGCUUGUAGUGGGAUUCUCGUUACCUGGAGCAAAGGUAAAGUGACUGCCCCCAUCCGCACAAUUGGUCUAAACGACGAAUACGUUACGGGAAUUGAUGUGACGCUUCUUGAAAAAAGUAUUGAGUUAGUUGAGAAAACGGCUCCCGCGGUGGUCAAAGCGUUGGACGGGUUAUGA